CUACCAUUUUGUCCAUGGUUUUGAUUUUUUUUUCCAUUCAUAUUUUAUCACAUCUACAGGAAAUAAAAGAAUUACGUCUGAUAAGACCGCUCCUCAAUCCACCAAAAGAGGCUUUUCCCAGUUCUACCGACGUUAGAUCAAAAAUCUUAGCAGCAGCAGCAACAACAAAAAAAGUAGCAGCACCUUGGUACUGUUGCUGUGCCGUAUCUGAUUCAGUAUAAAAAAAACAGAGGACUGUCUGAGCAUUUGUCUCUGAAAAGCACACCUUCCUAGUCGAGUUACUGAAAAUGUAAUUCGCCCAGGGCGCUUUCCGCAUCCGAAUGGGGCGAAGCCGCGAAUGAGAAACACUUUUCUGAAUGCCAAUCUAGUCGCCAUUGAAAAAUGCGGCCGUGCGGAAAGCGGGAGCUUUAUCCAACGCUACCGGUCGCGAUUGCAGGGUUGUCGUUCUUCCUGGAUAAUUCAAAAG